AUGGCUACAUCCAACCAAGAAACCCGAACCGACCGUUUGGUCAAAUGGGCCGUCGAUCUGAAGUAUGCAGAUAUCCCCGAUGAAGUGGUCCAACGCACUAAGGAUUUCUUCUUGGAUACUCUGGGCUGUGCUAUAGCCGGUAGAAGCCAUCCCGCAGUUACUGCACUGGUGCGAUUUGCGGCGCAAAUGGGACCUUCUAGUGGAAAGAGCGAGUUGGUUGAUGGCUCCCAAAAUGUCACUACCAGCCCAGCAUUUGCUAGUCUAAUUAACGCUGCUGCGUCGCAUGUUGUGGAGCAGGAUGACCUCCACAAUCGAAGUAUUAUGCACCCGGCGACUGUAAUAUUCCCUGCAGCCCUGGCUGUAUCACAGGAUAUUGGAGCUAGUGGAAAAGACUUUAUUGUCGCCUGCGUAGUUGGGUAUGAAGUCGGUUGCCGCGUCGGAGAGUAUCUAGGAAAAAGCCAUUAUGAAAAAUUCCAUAGCACAGCUACUGGUGGAGUUAUCGGAGUUGCAGCAGCUGUAGCGCAUCUUCUAAAGCUUGAUGUGAGCCAGACACUAUCUGCAGUUGGAACAGCUGGAACGCAAGCAGCAGGAUUGUGGCAAUUCUUGUUAGAUGCUACACACUCAAAACAAGUACACACUGCCAAGGCUUGUUUUGAUGGGAUAUUUGCCGCAUAUUCCGCCCGUGACGGCCUUCUAGGACCGCGAGAUAUCCUCGAAGGACCCCGUGCUAUGGGGAUUGCGUUAGUUCCCGGCGAAACAAACCCAGAAGCUAUCGACCAGAAUUUGGGUAAAGAGUUUGCUGUCCUUCGGUCAAGCUUUAAAUGGCACGCAUCUUGUCGACACACCCACCCCAGUGUGGAUGCACUGUUGAAUUUGAUGGAGAAGAAUCAGGUUGCCUUUGAUGAUAUUGAAUCCGUGCUCGUUCCUACAUACCAGGCGGCUAUCAAUGUACUAAGCCUCAGCGGUAAUGGUGAGACGGUCCAUCAGAGCAAAUUCUCUAUGGGCUUUGUACUUGCUAUUGCGGCGAAGAAGGGUCAGGCUAUGAUCACCGACUUCACCGAGGAUGAUUUGAAAGACACAUCUCUGCGAGAAUUCCAAAACCGCGUAACGAUGAAAUAUGAUGCGGAUAUUGAUGCUCAUUUCCCGGAGAGAUGGCAGGGCGCAGUUAUCGUUGAGUGCAAGUCUGGGAAGACUUUCGCAGAAUCAACGAAAUUUGCAAAGGAGAUCCGGAAUUUCCCUUGA